GCCCGCAGCGCCGCCAUGGGCUCGCUCAGCGCCGGCUCCGCGGCGGCCUCGGCCGGCCGCCUGCUCUGCGCGCCCGUCCCGCGGGUGCUGAGCGGCCGCGGCCCCCAGCGCCUGGGCGGCCGGCGGCGGGAGAGCCCCGGGGGGCUGGCGGGCGCCCGGGUGGAGCUGGCCGGGGCCGGGGCCGGGGCCGUGCCCGCCCCCGUGGUGCGGCGGGACAUCCAGGCCUUUCUCCGGGAGUGCGGCGGCGGCCCCAGCGAGGCGGGCCACUGGCUGGCCAAGUUCCAGGCGCUCGGCCAGGCCGGCGGCCGCCCCUUCGCCGUCAUCGAGGUGGAUGAGGCCGUCUCCCGCUGCAAGGAGACCGUGACCAGCCUGGCCUUCAGCUUGGCCUUCCUGCAGCGCAUGGACAUGAAGCCCCUGCUGGUGCUGGGGCUGCCGUCCCGGAGCUCCCUGAGCGACACCCUCACCUUCCGGGAUGCCAAGGCGCUGCUGACCCAGAACUGCAAGGCCCUGACGGACGCCCUGCGCCAGAACGCCGCUGCGACGAUGCCCUUCUUCGGGGCCGGCGCCGUCCUAGGAGCGGAGCAGUCGGCCGCCCACUCCAGGUCAGCCGCUGAGCCUGCAGCCCUGGCUCUCCGUACCCGACCGCUGGCCCCCAUUAACGCCUCUCUCUCUGCUCCCAGCGGGAUCUCCGUGGACAGCGACCUGCUGCAGUGGUGCCUGGAGAUGGGGAACAUCCCCAUCAUCUGCCCCGUCGGGGAGACCCGCAGCCGCCAGUGCCUGCUGCUGGACUCCGUCGAGGUCACCACCGCCAUCUCCAGGGCACUGCUGCCCACUAAGAUCAUCUUCCUGAACAUGACCGGGGGGAUCAGGAACUCUGGGCAGAAGGUGCUGGGGAACGUGAACCUGCCCGCUGACCUGGACCUAGUGACCAAAGCCCAGUGGGUGGGCCACAAGGAGCAGCAGCAGGUCAGGGUGAUCGUCGACCUGCUGAGCUGCUUGCCCUACGAGGCCUCCGCCGUCAUCACCUCUGCCGGCACGCUGCUCUCUGAGAUCUUCAGCAACAAAGGCUCGGGGACCCUGUUCAGGAACGCCGAGCGUAUGCUGCGGGCCGAGAGGCUGGAGGAGCUGGACCAGCAGCGCCUGGUCUCCUUGAUCAACACCUCCUUCGGGAAGACCCUCCGAGGGGACUAUCUGGCUUCCAUACGGCCCAGGCUGCACUCGAUCUACUUCUCAGAGGGCUACAACGCAGCAGCCAUCAUCACAAAGGAGCCGGUCCUGGGCGGCAUGCCAUACUUGGACAAGUUUGUGGUCAGCUCCACCAAGAAAAGCCAAGGCUCCGGCCAGAUGCUGUGGGAGUGCAUACGGCAGGACCUCAGGACCCUCUUCUGGAGGUCUCGCGUCACCAACCCCAUUAACCCCUGGUAUUUCAAGCACAGUGAUGGAAGCUUCACCAACCACCAGUGGAUCUUCUUCUGGUUUGGACUGUCCGACAUCCGGGAUUCCUAUGAGCUGGUAAACCAUGCAAAAUCCAUUCCAGACUCAUUUUGCAAACCAUAGGGCAAUCUUACUAGGUCAGAGUGAGUGCGGAGCAGGUCGGGCUUGGGAGGAGUCAGGCUUUUGUACAUCAAGACUGGAUAAGAAGAAACAGAAUGGCCAGCCAUGCAUGGAGCUGCAUGUACCUUCCCAGAGAAAUAAUUGGCACGAAGAACCCUCUUGGCCAAUUCAGCACCCAGCUUUUAAUAAAGUGCUAGGGAAGCCUGCGUUGUGCAGACUGUUGCCAAGAGAAGUUAGAGCGAGGGGGUCGGGACUCUUGGGUUCAAGUCUCAUCUCUGCCACUGACUCACCGUGGGACCUUGGCAAGGUCACUUCCCCUCUCUGUGCCUCACCUUCCCGACCUAUAAAAUGGGACCAACAAGGCUCCAUUAACGAACGUGUAAAAAGAGCAGCGACAUCUUUCCUUACAAUCCUGUGGAACAGUAAGUAGGAGUCACACACAAGCUUGUAUUUAUAGGAGCCAACAGCCUGGGUGUGGAGUUUUACAUACAAUGUGUAUAGCAGAAAACAGACAACAAGAGUAGCUGGAAAGCAUCAACUUUUAA